AUGGAGGAAAGUACUGUUCAUGAAGAGGAAGAAGCGAAGAUGGAGAAGUUCUUCGCAUUGGUUAAAAGCACCCGAGAAGUGCGGGAGCAGCUGGCCGGUACGUCGGAGAAGAAAGAAAGAGCUACCACCGCAGAUAAACCUCAAUCGACGCCGUGGAAUCCGACAUUCGUGCUUGAAGAUUUCGUGGAGGCGCCGGCGCCGGUGGUGGAGAAGGAAGGCACUUCUAAGGAGGGAGAGAAAUGAGAGAGCGAUGAGAAAAAAGGAUUGGAGUUGGACCUCAAUCUCUCUUUGUAGGGAGUGCUUAUUAAUCAUAUCUACAUUUCUUUCCAUUUUAGUUUACUUGUCCAUGAUCUCAAUGAGAUCUAUCUUUCUCCACUCAUUAUUGAAUUGGUAAAAUGUUUUAAAAGCGAGU